AUGGCACAAAGAAAGCCGUCGUUUCGUUUUCGAAUCCCUUGGCUAAGAGGAACACAAUCAUUCUCUCGCAAUCCGAAAGACGCAUCAAAAUCAUCUACUCAAUCAGACAUAAAUGUCCUCUUUCAAAGAUCAUCUAAUAGGCCUUCUGUCAUAACCCCCGCAGAGUCUCCUCCAGGUCCUACCAAAACUCAAGAAGCCACUAGAACAGAACCUCAAAACCAAUCACCACCUCAUCCAACACCAUUAUCAACUUCAGUGGUUGUCGAAACCACUCACUCAAAACCUCUUUCUCCAUCAAAAUCUCCAAACCAUGUCAACUCUCCACCACCAUACUCUUCUGCAGCAUCUCAGUUUCAUGUUUUCUCAACUCCACCUCAGUCUCCUUCUCAAUAUGACACCAUGAAGGUGCCAAAGUCGAUGCCUUCUUCUACUGAAGAAAAUACUCAUCCUACAUCAUCUGUAUCUGAACCAAUGCCACACGAAGCUGAAGCCGAGCCCGAGAUGAAGGUAAAGGUGAGUUCACCAUUGAAAGAAUUCACCAAGUCACCAGAGGCCUCUUAUCAACAAGCUAUUGGCUUUGAACAACAAGCUUCUUCUACGCCCUCUUCGCCCGAAGUUUCUAAAAUUGAACCAGCUUCUCAGCAUCAUCCACUGUCUCCUUUGGCAUCGGAGCAAAAAAAUGAGGAGUUAAAAGCUAAUCACGAAGAAAACACUUUGUGUACAUCAUCUACUUUUGAAGGAGAGAAAGAUAAGAUGACAAUGUCAGUGUCUGAUUCGGUUCGGGGCCAAAUGAUGCAGAACCAAAGACGAGGUCACCAUUGA